UUUCAAAUGGGGUCUCAUGUUUGUAGGUUUUAAUAAAAAUGGUUUGGGGCAUAAUGUUCUCCAAAAAAUAUACAGACUUCACAGCUACCAAGUAGUUCAUAUUAAGAUGGAAACACAGCCAUGUGAUCCUUCAAAUUCUUAUGUCACUUGCCAACCCAACCAUAUUUGCUUCCAUACAUUUCUUUCCACAUUCUACACACCCUUUCAAUUUUCAUCUGUAUAUAUAUAUAUAUACACACACACAUAUAUUAUCCCAUAAACAAAUCAACUCCUCAUCACCAUCUUAAGCUAAAUCUUUUUCUUCCAGUCAACUUUCAACUUCAAGCUCUUUUUGAAAAGUGAUAAUUCAGAUUUUGAAACAUAUGGCUAUCCGAUUGCCUAGUAUUAUGCAUGCUAAGCAGAUCCUCCGACGAGGAAGUCUUUUCGCAAACCGAUCAGCUUCAACAUCUGCCGUAGGUGUUCCAAAAGGCUUCUUAGCAGUGUAUGUUGGAGAGAGUGAAAAGAAGAGAUACAUGGUUCCAAUUUCAUUCUUGAGUAAGCCUUCAUUCCAAGAGUUGCUAAGUAAGGCAGAGGAAGAGUUUGGAUUCGACCAUCCAAUGGGUGGACUCACAAUCCCUUGCAGAGAAGAAAUCUUCAUCAAUCUUACUUCUAGAUUAAAUGACAUGUGAUCUGUGAUACAAAUUGUGAAUAGAAAUUGUAAAUAGAAAUGACAAGAAAUCUUCCAACUUGUAUGACCAGUUGAGGAAAUUGUAAAUAGAAAUUGUUGACACUCUACAAUUAGCAACAUCAAAUGUAAGGUGUUCCUCUUUAGAUUCUGAAAUUACUUUCAGUCCAUUACCUUUCUUUUCCUGCCGUUUUAAUUUGUUUAUCAUACACCAAAAUGACAAUAAA